CACUCUUCUUCUUCUUCUUCUUCUUCUUCUUCUUCUUCUUCCUCCUCCUCUCCAAUGGGAAGGUCACCUUGCUGUGACAAAGUGGGGUUGAAGAAAGGGCCAUGGACUCCUGAAGAAGACCAAAAGCUGUUGGCUUAUAUCGAAGAACAUGGCCAUGGAAGUUGGCGUGCUUUGCCUUCUAAAGCUGGGCUCCAAAGAUGUGGCAAGAGCUGUAGACUGCGAUGGAUUAAUUAUCUUAGACCUGAUAUUAAGAGAGGCAAGUUCAGUUUGCAAGAAGAACAGACCAUUAUUCAACUCCAUGCUCUUUUGGGCAACAGGUGGUCGGCCAUAGCAACUCACUUGCCAAAGAGAACUGAUAAUGAGAUUAAAAAUUAUUGGAACACACAUCUUAAGAAAAGAUUGGCUAAAAUGGGGAUUGACCCAGUUACCCACAAGCCUAAAAAUGACGCUUUGCUCACCGGUGAUGGCCAGCCAAAAAGUGUGGCUAAUUUAAGCCACAUAGCACAGUGGGAAAGUGCUAGGCUUGAAGCUGAAGCAAGGCUUGUUAGAGAAUCCAGGCUACGUAAUAAUAACUCACAUUCUUCUCUCCAACAACUUCCAAACCCUCCUUGUUUUCCACCUUCUUCCUCUUCAACUUCAACUUCAGCUCAGCUUUUGCCCAAUUCCGACUCGCCCGCUGCCAUGGCUUCCCGUUCGCUCGAGGCAUUGAAAGCUUGGAACAACGGGUGGUCCAAAUCGGCCGAAGGAGCCAGUGGCAUUCUGACCCGUGGUAUUGGGGGUGACCUCGAGUCGCCUACCUCGACAUUGACUUUCUCAGAGAAUGUACUGCCAGUUAUGGCCACCGGGUGCGGCGAGGGCGAGAAUUCAGCGGCUAUGAUCGAGUUUGUGGGGAGUUCAAGCUCUUGUGAGAGAGAGUGGAAGGAAGAGGGAUUUGGAAACUCAAGCCAAUUACCAGAAUACAAGGAGGGUUUUGAGAAUUCAAUGUCGUUUACAUCUCAUGAUAUGACAUUAUCCAUUGAAGCAACAUGGACAGCUGAAUCUUUAAGAACAAAAGAAGCCAUUGCUGAAGAAGGCUUCACUAAUCUUCUUCUAAACAACAAAGUUGAAAGAAGCCAAUCUGAAGGAGGAGGUGGUGGUGGUGGUGAGGACUCUGAAAAUGGAAGUGGGAGUGCAGCAAGUGAUUACUAUGAAGAUAACAAGAAUUACUGGAAUAGCAUUCUUAAUUUGGUAAAUUCUUCUCCCUCUAAUUCUUCCAUUUUCUAAAACAGAUUGGAGUGUGUGUGUGUGCGUGUGUGUGUGUGUGUGUGUGUGUGAGGCUCAAGAAUUUAGCUGGGUUUGCAGAUUUUAGUUGCAUCCAUAAUUAUGAACUCGUAAAUGUGUAAUAAAAAUGGUUCUAUGUGAUUCAGAGUUUCACCAACUAUGUCGGUUCUGAGCUACUCCUAUUAAUAAACUCUACUCUCACAUUUAA